UAAACCUAAAAAUGUGUGUUUUGACGUUUUAAGAUGCAUUUUUACUACAUUGGUUGGGAUGUUGAUGCCACCCCAGAUUGUAGGUGUUGCUAUAUGGAUUAUUACCUCCCCUAGCAUCGGCAAUGAAGUCGACUUGAUCUUGGGACGCAUUCAGGUCCAACAUCACUUGGCAUUCAUCCAUAGCAUGAUUCGGACUUUGGCACCACUCAUAAAGGUGCACUUAAGCUUUAGGUAGGCUACUUGAAGCAUUAUCAUUAGUCUUAAUGGUCUUAAUCAAUUCAUUAAUCUUGACUUCGAGUGAACUUUGGGAUUCCACCACAUUAGUGUUUUUACCCUUGAAUUCCGACCUCUUCUUAUGAUACCUCAAUCAUAGCCGCAUGUCGCUGUCUCCUCAAAGAUUUUUGUUAUUUGAGGUGGCGUCUUGCUAAACAUGUCUCCUUAGCAUAAGGAGUAUAUAAGCAUAUGAUUUUCUUUGAAUAACUUGUUGUAGAAGGUCCCAACAUUAAAAUGGUCUUCAAAACCAUGGUUGAGGCAUUGGAGGAAUAGCUCUGUGCACCAUUUCCAAGCAUAUUGAGUGUCUCAUCAUCUUCUUGAGCAAAGUAGGUGAUGGAUUUUUAAAGUGUGACGGCCUUUGAUGGUGGUAAGUUCCUCGCUAUGAACUUCUCCAUUAGAUUUUCCCAAGAUAUUAUGGAUAAAGGAGCUUGAUUAUUGAGCCAUAGCCUUGCUCUUCCACUAAUGAAUAAGGAUACAACCUUAUAUGAAGCUCUUCUUGAGGUACCCCAUUCACCUUAAUCCCAUCUGUGAGUUCAAAGAACCAAUUGAUGUGGUCUCUUAGAGCCUCAUGGUUGAGCCCGAAGAAUUGGAUGUUGUUCUGGAUCACGGAGAUGAGGUUUGUCUUGAUCUUGAAGUUUAUACUGGCAAAUGGAGGACGUCGGAUUGCUUAGUUGGAUGUCCGCGAGCUUGGGGUGAAGUAGUAUCCCCAUUGUUCUCACUGGUUCCUCCUCAUUUUUCCCUUUGCUAUUCACAUGAUUGUGAACUUGAUUCUCCCCCGCCCUGGUUUCAACUUCAAUCUCAACUUCUCUUUCUUCUUGCUCUGGAGGAUUGCAGGUGGUCAACCUCUCUCAAGCUUCUCUUAGUUCCCGCGCCCUUGCUAGAUGCCGCAAGGUCUGGUUGAUUUGUAUUUGAUCGGGUACAGGUCUCCCACGUUGCUCCGGAUCCUACACAUGUGACAAACCUCAACAAAAAAAAACACAAAACAAAACUAGAGUAACCAAUAGUCAAAUUUCCUAAUAACUUGUCGUGUCCCUGACAACGGCGCAAAAAACUUUGCUUGUUCCCAAUGUGACUACUAUCCCAACCAUGGCCAAGUGCCACAAUCGGGUGUAAUAUAGUGGAAGUGAAGUUUAAUUAUCAACUUGGGCGUCAAAUGUACUAUUUCUUCAAGGACUGCCUUGUUAUCUAGUGAACCAAAGGUUUGAAUUAACUAAGUACUACGAAAACAAAGAGAAGGAAAGUUUGGUAGAAACUAUAGUGAGAAAGUUACUCGGGUGUUGUAUCCCUCUAGUUCCAAAAUAGACAGACAAAUGAUUAUCCAAGUUUUUCAACUCAUGAUUACACCAUGUAGAAUCCUAUUCUUGAUUGAUCUCCCUUUUGAGUUACUCAACCUCACCUAGAGUAGAUUAUCCAGAGUGAGAUUUUCCACAUCCAACGAAAUAGAACGUCUAGGGUGUGCCAAAUAGAUUCCCUCUAUUCGAAUGAAAUCCAAUACAACAUUGUAGCUCGAUUUCAUGCUCGACCCAUCGAUCCACAAUGAAGAUUGAGGUGAGUGCUCUAAUCAGCCUAAUUGGAUAUUAUCUACCUUAUGUUAAUAGCCAUAAUUGAGAGGAUUUUAUCAAUACCCAACAUAAUUCAUGAAAUACCUCAAACUUAUAUAUAAUCAAGACAAGAGUCAAUCAAAUAAAGAAAUCUAUCAUUCAUCUAAUCUAACAUAUACAUCUGGAAUUCAACAACACUCAAGUGAUUGAAAGUCUAGCUCAUGAUGGGAGAGUGAGAAAUACACCAAAUCAAGAGAAGAAAACAUCCUAGAAAGUUGGGUUAUUAUUCUUGCACUUCAAUAUUCAAUCCUUUGUGAUGGAUUUGAACUCCAUUCUCACACUAGGGAUCUCCUUCGUCACUUUCUCUCUACCCAUCAGAUGCAUUUUUAUUGGAACUAGGUCUACUUCUUUUUCCUCCAACCAGUGAUCAUAGCAGUAUUAUAUUUUGGUAUCCCCAUGUUCUCUAUUUUUCUAACUGAAACUAGGUUUACUUCUAUUUCCUCAAUCUGACAUUAACAUGGCUAAUUCGGUGGCUAUCUAAUAGGACAAAUAUCUAAAUUGGAUUCAUGUUCUGAAUUUAUUUAUGUUUUUGUACUUAUUGAUCCUAUUUUUUAUCAAAUAAAUUUCUCUUGUUAGAAAAACAUUUUCUCGGGUUAUUAAAAGUUAAAACUAUAGGGAUGAAUAUUCAAAUCAUAUUACAUACGAAGCAUUUUUAAUUCAAUUACUAAAAUUCAUGAGUUAAAUUUUAAGGAAUGAUCGGAAUAUUUGUAUAGGUGGUGAUGAAGUACCACAGUCAUCCCCUACAAGAGUAUUUAAAUAAAAAAGAAACACGAACAAGUAGGAGAAGAGAAGUUUCAUGCCACGAGUCUUUUCUCUUUCCUUUCUUGAACAUCAAUGUCCUUGCAACCAACUCUUAGAUCUGUAGAAAGAAAUAGUCAGUGAAGUGACCGACUGAUUUUGCGAGAAAUACAAAAUUACAUUCUUCCACGUGCAAUCACCAUAUGUUUUCUUAACUCACCUCUUUUUUUGUGUCUAAUCUUAUUCUUUUAGCAUCUAGUUAUGUUUCUAACAUCAUUUCUCUACUAAUCCACAAAAUUAAAUCUUGAAAUUUUUUGUUAUUUCCCCUCUCUAUCCAGAUUCAUUUUUUUCUUUAUUUCAUCUUUGAGUAUCCUAAUUAACUAUGGCUACAGAGAACCACAAGUCGACAACAGGCGUCCCAAGGCCAACAAAACCAAUCAUGGUGGAGCUAGAUAGCAAUGGUCCAUCUCCACCACCAAUCAAUAAGGAAAAAGGGAAUAAAAGUGAUACCAGGACAACCUUACACAGUAGUCGGGGUGGCUCUGCAACAACAUUCCUUCGCAAAGCGCAAAGUAGUUGCUCUCAAUAUUGGAAUGCACCCACAUCGACACAGCUUACCGGCACAUUUUUGCUCUUCUUUACGGGGAUCACAAUCACUAAUAUAGGAAUUCUCAGUCUCCUCUUCUUUGCCCCUUUGGUAAUCAUCUCAAGCCCUAUAUGGAUCCCCAUUGGCACGCUUCUGUUUGUUCUCGUCUCCGGAUCUUUGAUGCUAAGCAGCUGCUUUGUGGCCUUCGUUGCUGGGUCAUCAUGGAUGUAUAGCUAUUUCAGAGGGAUGCAUCCACCUGGCUCGGACCAAGUGGAUCAUGCCAGGAGCCGGAUUGUUGACACUGCUACCCAUGUCAAGGACUGUGCCAAAGAAUAUGGUGAGUACAUGCAGAACAAGAUCAAUAGAGAUGUUGCUCCGGGAGCCUAGCUAGUUAUAAUUAGGGGUAGGAAAUUGAUUUUCUCAAUGUUAAUGGGUUGGGUGGUUUGAGUCGAUUUCGGUUUCGAGGUGGAAUUUCCUAAGGAUGACCGAGUACUUUCGAUCUUAGUUUUUUCUGUUAUAUUUUCAGCCAUUUGUUUUCUAGUGGUUCCAAUGAGAGGAGCAAGAGAGAAGACAUUUUUCUAACGCCUUCCUCUUUUUGGGUAUCACUUUCAUUAAAAGGUUUAAAUUUCA